AUGAGCAUCUCAGUGCGGAGGUUGCUGAUUCUCGCGCGGUACCUGUCCACUUCGUACUCCGCCGCAACGCUGCCGCCGGUGCGCCCUUCUUGCGGCGUCGCCCCCGUGCCGCCGCCGCCGCCGCCCUUGCCUCCCUCCCUUGGCGCCCUUGACCGCGAGCGGCUGCGCACCCUGCCGCGCGAGGCGCUGCGGCGGCGGUCGCUCGCGCUGCCGCUGCGGCCCCUGUCGCGUCGGGGCGGCGUCGGGCGGCGCGGCUCGCCGCCGCGGCCGCCGCCGCCGCCCUUGCCUCCCUCCCUUGGCGCCCUCGACCGCGAGCGGCUGCGCACCCUGCCGCGCGAGGCGCUGCGGCCGUGGCGGAUCUCGUGCCUGCUGCGCCG